AUGCAGAAGCUGGCGCGCCGGACGGCGCAGGCGGAGAAGCAGGCGGCCAAGCGGCUGCAGCUGCGGGAGCGGGCGCUGGCGGGGGCGGAGUCGGACCGGGCGAGCAACACGCGGCGGCUGCUGAACGAGGAGCUGCAGGUGCAGGCGCGGCAGGCGCGGCGGCAGCGAUGGGAGGCGUGGACGAUGGGGCCGCUGGCGCCGCGACGCGACCACGCGGGCGCAGUGGUGGACAGCGAGCGGCGCGGCCACGCCAGCACGACGAACCGGUUUGGCGGCGAGCUGUUUGCCAGCGAGAGCAUCCCGCACUGGGGCUCGCUCAGCGUGCGGCGGAUCCGCAACGAGUCGAGCGCGAGCCCGAUCACGCCGCGCGAGGCGGCCGCCCGCUGCGCCUGGGCCGGCACGCCGAAACGGCUCUGUCUGGCGGUGGGAGACCGUGUCGUCGUGACCGAGGGACCGCUCAAGGGUGCCAUCGGGGCGGUGAAGGAGCUGCGGCCGGAGCACGGCACCGUGACGUUGGAUGGCGUUGGACGAACAAACAUCACCGUCGCCGAGUCCCUCGUCCAGGAGACUGGCCAGGCCGUCCAGCAGCUCGAGUCGGCCAUCCCGAUCGAUGCCGUCCGGCUGGUGCACCCGCUGACGGACGCGGCCACCGGCCGGACCCGGGACGUGGUCAUCCGCGAGCUCCGGGCCACAGCUUUCCAGCUCGACCGGGCCACCCGACGGCUGGCCUUUUCACGCGUCGUGCCCGGCCUCAACGUACGCAUCCCGUGGCCGCGACCGGCCGGCCCACCGCCCGAGCACGACGACCACGCGGCCGACACGCUGCGGAUCGACGUCGAGCAGGUCACGUUUGUGCCAACGCUGCUGCGGCCGCCGGCCCCCGAGGCCGUGCUGGACGAGCUGCGUAACCGGUACUCGCGCUUCCGUACGCGCCACACGGCCGAGUACAUCGCCGCCAAGGAGGCCGAGGAGGCCGCGGCCCAGGAGGCCAGGCGUUACGGCAGCGCCCUCGUCAAGGGCCGCCAGCCAGGCCUGCCGCCACCAGGCAUGCGCACGCCCCUCGACGAGUUCCAUCUUCACCAAAAGGCCCUGCGCCGUGCUCGCGGCCAGCCAGAACUCACCGACGACAUGCUCGAACGCAUCGGCCGCCUCAUGGCCACCAACCAGACUGCUUGA